UUCACGAUCAGCGCAGCCCUGAAACAUAAGGGUGCCAUGGAGCAAAUUCUUGAAGCCAACAUGAAUCCAGGUCAGUGGUCGGUACUGUUUAUUAUUAUUUUUUAAAUAUUCCACUAUCUUGCCACAGCACAAUAUAAUUAAUUGUUCUACCAUUGUCUUAAGGGUAGCACAGGAAAGUAUCACAGGAAAAUAAAGCUCAAUAGCUUUCGUUUGAGUCGCCAUCCCUAGGCUCAAACUCGGAACUUGGAACCACACUGAACAGCACAGUAAACAGUACGACGAAAUAGUACUCACCAAAGGCUUUCACUUGAAUGGUUAUACCUUAGGAUUCCAUCCAGAGUCAAAAGUACCACCUUGUUCAGCAUAAUGAGCAUCACCACUGGAAAGUACUGCUUAGUAGCUUUCAUUUGAAUGGUCACACUAUAGGAUUUAAUCCACAGACUCAAAAGUUAGAACCACCUUGUACAGCAUAAUAAACAGUACCACAGGAAAGUAAUGCUCAGUAGCUUUCAUUUGAGCGGUCACACUUUAGGAUUACAUCCACAGACUCAAAAGUUAGAACCACCUUGUACAACAUAAUAAACAGUACCACAGGAAAGUACUGUUCAGUAGCUUUCAUUUGAGCGGUCACACUUUAGGAUUACAUCCACAGACUCAAAAGUUAGAACCACCUUGUACAGCAUAAUAAACAGUACCACAGGAACGUACUGUUCAGUAGCUUUCAUUUGAGUGGUCACACUUUAGGAUUUAAAACACAGACUCAAAAGUUAGAACCACCUUGUACAGCAUAAUAAACAGUACCACAGGAAAGUACUGUUCAGUAGCUUUCAUUUGAGUGGUCACACUUUAGGAUUUAAACCACAGACUCAAAAGCUAGAACCACCUUGUACAGCAUAAUAAACAGUACCACAGGAAAGUACUGUUCAGUAGCUUUCAUUUGAGUGGUCACACUUUAGGAUUUAAACCACAGACUCAAAAGUUAGAACCACCUUGUACAGCAUAAUAAACAGUACCACAGCAAAGUACUGCUCACUAGCUUUUUUAUUUUAAUGGUCACACUUAAGGAUUCCAUCCAUAGACUCAAAAGUUAGAACCACCUUUCACAGCACAAUAAACAGUACGACAGGAAAGUACCACUCCGUUGCUUUCAUUUGAAUUGGUUACACUUUAGAAUUCAAUCGAAAGCAAGGCUCAAACGCAAUGACUCCGCAAUAACCCUGACCCCAUCCUUGGUUUCUACUAGCCUUAUUUCAACGAUGGUGGCCCUAUAUAUAUUGACUCCCUUUACAGAUCCGCAUCAAAGUGCUCCAGGAAAACAUUUGUCCUUUUAUCAGGGAGACAUCAGACUGUCAAAGAAACAAGCUGAGAAUCUUAAGAAAUAUGGGGACCCGUCGAAAAAUUCGGCCAACUCUCGCGCGGCGAGCAGCGUGGAAAGUAUAAAUGUGAACUGA